AGUUAUAAUGGUGAAUUAUUGCUGUGUACAAGGAUGUGGUCGUAACAGCAAACAAAACAAACAUUUGAACUACUAUAGUUUGCCGAAAGAAAAACGACGGCAAGUGCAAUGGCUGCAAGCGGCGGGGCGCACGGACCUGCUAGAAAAGGACAAGGUGCUGGUUUCGCACCGGUUCUGCUCGCGACACUUUCCUCCCUCGUCUAUAAAAAACAAGCAUCUUUGUGACACUGCUGUGCCCUCGCUUUGUCUACCAGGGAAUACAGAAAAAGAUAGCGAGAUCCACGAACACAAAGGCAUUGUAUGUGAUAGCUGCGGGCUGGCCGUGUCCGGGUUCCGGUACAAAUGCGUCUCCUGUGCGGACUAUGAUUUGUGCCAGAAAUGCGAGAUGAGGGAGACACACCCGGAUCAUUAUAUGCUGAGGAUGGCCAAGCCUUUGAAACAUAAAUUGGCAGAUGAUCUGAUCGGCAAGUGGCGCGAGUUUUUCUCCGCGAAGCACGUCACGCCAGACUCGGACAGCGACGAUGAACCCAUCACCAAAUACAGGAAUCACAGCAGCGUCGACCUAUCCGAGGAGGUGAAACGCGCGAUCAGGGCCGAAGUGGCGCGGGUGUCGAGUCUGCCGGAACCGGAAGAGCCCCGGCUCAAGAGGAAAACGGCCACCGAGCGGCGCCCUAUUAAGAGGAUACGGAUGGACGGCACGAUAGGGUAUGAUGAGGAGGAUAGGAGCGUCCCGGAGAUGGUGUUCGCCGACGUGAACGAGGAUGAUCAGCUGCUGGAAGUCAAGCACGAAGUUACUGGGGAAGAAUGGAAGAAGAUGGUGCACGUCAAAAUAAGUGACGACCUGACGGAGCUAAUGAUAGAAGUGCCUCAACAGAACGCGGGCCACACGGCGUUAUGAGUUUAUA